AUGGCCGACACAAUCAUUCAUGCCGAAGAGCCUGAAAAUGCAGGCACCAUCGAACUCAAGGAGAACACAAUCAUAGUUGUACUCGGAGCUUCAGGUGAUCUGGCGAAGAAGAAGACAUUCCCUGCACUUUUCGGGCUGUUUCGCAACAAAUUCCUCCCCAAAGACAUCAAGAUCAUCGGAUAUGCCCGAACCAAGAUGGACCAUACUGAAUACCUGCGAAGAGUUCGAUCCUACAUAAAGACUCCUACAAAAGACAUUGAGGAACAACUCGACCAAUUUUGCUCCGUCUGCACAUACAUUGCCGGUCAAUACGACCAAGAUGAGCCUUUCCAGAACUUGAACAAGCACAUCGAAGAGAUUGAGAAGGAUCGCAAGGAGGGCAACAGAGUCUUCUACAUGGCCCUACCUCCCAGUGUCUUCAUCACAGUCUCUGAACAUCUCAAGCGGAAUUGCUAUCCCCAGAAGGGCAUUGCCAGAAUCAUCAUUGAGAAGCCGUUCGGCAAGGACCUGGGGAGUUCACGGCAGUUGCAGAAGGCCCUCGAGCCCGAUUGGAAAGAAGAGGAGAUCUUCCGUAUUGACCAUUACCUCGGAAAGGAAAUGGUCAAGAACUUGCUCAUCCUCAGAUUCGGCAACGAGUUCCUCGGAGCUACCUGGAAUCGCAACCACAUCGACAACGUCCAGAUCACGUUCAAGGAACCUUUUGGUACAGAAGGACGGGGUGGUUAUUUCGACGAGUUUGGCAUCAUUCGUGAUGUCAUGCAAAACCAUUUACUCCAAGUCUUGACUCUCCUCGCAAUGGAAAGACCCAUUUCUUUCUCCGCUGAAGACAUCCGUGACGAGAAAGUCAGAGUCUUGAGAGCUAUUCCUGCGAUCGAACCCAAGAACACCAUCAUUGGCCAGUAUGCCAAGUCUUUGGAUGGCACCAAACCAGCAUACAAGGAAGAUGACACAGUCCCCAAGGACUCGCGGUGUCCUACGUUUUGCGCGCUGGUGACUUUCAUCAAGAAUGAGCGCUGGGACGGUGUGCCUUUCAUCCUGAAGGCUGGAAAGGCCCUCAACGAGCAGAAGACUGAGAUUCGGGUGCAAUUCAAGGAUGUCACUUCGGGCAUUUUCAAGGAUAUCCCUCGCAACGAACUCGUCAUCCGUAUCCAACCCAACGAAUCAGUCUACCUGAAGAUGAACUCGAAGCUCCCCGGCUUGUCAAUGCAGACGGUUGUCACCGAGCUGGAUCUCACCUACCGUCGCCGCUUCUCGGACUUGAAGAUUCCUGAGGCGUACGAAAGCUUGAUUCUCGAUGCGAUGAAAGGAGACCAUUCCAACUUCGUGCGUGACGAUGAGUUGGAUGCCAGUUGGCGGAUCUUCACCCCGUUGUUGCACUACCUGGACUCGAAGAAGGACAUUGUGCCCAUGGAAUAUCCCUAUGGCUCUCGCGGCCCGGCUGUUCUAGAUGAGUUCAUCGCCGCCUAUGGCUACAAGUUCAGUGACGCCGCUGGAUACCAGUGGAACACUCAGAGCACCCCAAACAAGUUGUAG